UGGUUGCCGUUGCACAGAUGUAAAAUCAUAUUUAAGCUGAUUACUACCAGAACCAAAAGCCGCAGUUCACAAGUCAUCUACGUACGUAUACAAGUGCAUCUUGCAAUCGAAACACUAGCGUUGUCCAGUUGCCUACUCUUACUUUGAGAUUAAUUCUCACAACAGCGAGAAUGAUGAAGUUGGCGGUCGUCGUUAUGUUGGCGAUGGGCGUGGCUAGCGGCUCCGUUGUGAAAAAGCGACAGGUCAGUCAGGAGAGCUUGAAGGUGUGGAGCGCCCUGGACCAGAUGCGGGGCUCGCGCGUCCGACUGGAGGUGGGCGACAUGCAGGAGCUGUACAAGAGCGCCAAGGCUGGACAAGACUAUCCCAAUCUUAGCGCAAUCCCAGACACGACCAGCAUUAGCUGCGCCACACAAAAACCAGGUUUCUACGCCGACACCGAUCCGCUCUCCCGAUGCCAAGUUAUUCGUCGUUGUGAUAUCAACGGGAACUUGACGAGCUACCUGUGUCCUAACAUGACGAUUUUUAACCAGAUUACGCUGAUCUGCGAUUGGUUCUUCAAUGUCGACUGCAACCAGGCCAAGAACUUUUACGACUACAGCAACAGCCGGCUGUAUCAGCCGGAUCGCGUCCUGCUGGACAACCAGGACGACUACCAAGUGGCCGCCGCCGUCAACGCCCUGCCGCCGUCGGUAGCGCCGCAACCGGCUGCAGGUGGCGCUAACACGCCACCGUCCACCGGCGAGCCUACAACCGAGGCAGCCACUGCGUAGUUACUGCAAUAAACAAUCUCAUCCCUCCUCUAUUUUUGCACACGCAGUUUUUAGAAGGCAUAUAUUUUAUUGGUUUUAUACGCUUUGUUAUAUGGUUUUUGUAACGCUCCUGUGCAAAAAGGCGACAGUGCCGGCAUUUCCCUUCAUGCAGCGGUUUUGAAUAAAAUAUGGAAAUAGCAAGUGGUCAGUUGAUAAGU